CGUAGAGUGUCUGGAGAGAGUAGCCCUAAUGUGGACUAGUGCCAUCACUAUCAUCCGCUAUCUUUUUGUCACCGAUCUCGCUCCCCGCAGAAAAGUGUCAUACAUAGGAGUAUCUCGCUACCUCACCAUCCACCAGCCCUACCGACAUCAUGAGCGGACAGAAAGCGGUCGCGGAGAAUAUGCUUUGGGGGGGUCGAUUCACUCAGGGACUCGACCCUCUCAUGGUCCAGUACAACCAGUCUCUGCCCUACGACCGGAUCCUUUGGAGCCAGGAUAUUGCUGGAUCGAUCGCUUUCGCCAGAGCGAACAGCAAGACCGGCAUCCUCACCCAGCACGAAUUCGCCGAGAUUGAGCGCGGCUUCAAGCAGAUCGCAGAGGAAUGGCGGACAAAUACCUUCGUCGUCAAGGAGAAUGACGAGGAUAUCCACACCGCGAACGAGCGGAGGCUGAGCGAGAUCAUCGGGAAGGAAAUUGGAGGAAAGCUGCACACGGGACGGUCCAGGAACGAACAGAUUGCGACAGACAUGAGACUCUGGCUCCGUGAUGAGCUCCGCAAGCUGGACGGCUACCUGUCUGACCUGAUCAAGGUCGCCAUUGCCCGUGCAGAGAAGGAAAUCGACUACAUCAUGCCUGGUUACACUCACCUGCAGAAAGCUCAGCCUGUUCGAUGGAGCCACUGGCUGCUGUCCCACGCCACUGCAUUCGCAUCCGAACUGCAGCGUCUCCGUGAGGUCACCAAGCGUGUUAACCGCAGCCCUCUGGGCACGGGUGCCUUGGCUGGAAACCCUUUCCACAUUGACCGUGAGGCGAUGGCCAAGGAAUUGGGCUUCGAGGGCUUGCUGUACAACUCGAUGAACGCCGUUGGGGACCGUGACUUUGCCAUGGAGACGAUGCAGUGGGGUAGUUCGUUCAUGCUGAAGAUCUCUCGCUGGGCGGAGGAUCUUAUCAUCUACAGUAGUCUCGAGUUCGGUUUCGUCCGUCUGGCAGAUGCGUACUCGACGGGCUCGUCCUUGAUGCCUCAGAAGAAGAACGCAGACAGUCUCGAACUUUUGCGAGGCAAGGCUGGCCGUGCCUUUGGCCACAUGGCCGGUCUCAUGAUGACCAUCAAGGGUCUGCCCACCACAUACAACAAGGAUCUCCAGGAGAGCGUGGAGCCUCUUCUCGACCACAUCAAGACUGUCGCCGAUAGCAUCCAGAUCGCUACCGGUGUCCUAUCCACUCUGACCACGAUCCCAGAGAAGAUGAUCGCUGCUCUGGCACCUGAAAUGCUCGCCACCGAGUUUGCUGACUACCUCGUCCGAAAGGGCGUGCCUUUCCGCGAGGGUCACCACAUCUCCGGCCGUGUGGUCGCGCUGGCCGAGAAAAACAAUGUCCCCAUGGACACUCUGACCUUGGAGCAGUUGAAGGGGAUCGAUGCUCGGUUUGACGAGGACGUCAUGGCCUGUCUUGACUAUGACCGUGCUGUUGAGCUGAAGGAUGCCAUUGGUGGCUGCAGCAAGCGUGCUGUGAGGGAGCAGAUUGAUGUGCUCAAGGGACUCCUCUAAGUUCAUUAUUUGAUGCAUGAAGAAUUUAUAUGUGUGACGCAGGUAUCUUCGUACCAGGUGCUCUUCCGAAAAAGCAUAGAUGGAUUAUGUAUAUGUGAAGAGAAAAUAAAAUUAAACAGAGUUCGGGACAUCAGCUGCAUUCGGACUAGAUUUAUACUCACCAGAACAGUGUAUGUAGUUCUUAUUAGUAUACUAUACGUAAUAGGCAUAUAUCUCCUUGUUGAAGUAGUCACGGUCUCAGGCACCUGACUUCUUCAAUAACAUCGAACUGUGCACU